UUCCCAUCUGAACUGGCACGCUGGGAGUAUAUGAAACUAUAUACAUGAAACUAGGAGUUGUUGACUUAGACUGACAAUACGAGGGAAGUCACGAUGAAUGUAAUGAGCUUAUUGGGGUGUCUAGCUCGGGGACCCGUGAGCUCUUUCGGGGAGUGGAGCGUUGCUCGAGGCACUGCUGGCCUCCGAAUGCUAGGGGGCGCUGUGAGCUCCGCAAGCCCUCUUGGAAACAGGUGAUCCAUUGCGCAGGCGCUCUGAAGACUCCCCACCACCACCCCAGUCCCCACGUGUGAACCUUACCGGCAGCGAUUUUCCGGAGAGAUGCCCAAAAUCAAGCCUGCCCGUGGGGCCGGCGGUAAAAAACAUGCCCCCUUGGCCGAGCAGAUCCUGUCUGGGGAAGCUGUACGUGCAGGGACCCUGGAAAAACGGCGAGGUCGCGGAACCGGCGAGGAGGAGGAGGAGGAGGAGUACGUGGGCCCACGGCUGACCCGGCGGAUUCUGCAGCAAGCGCGGCAGCAGCAGGAGGAACUCGAGGCCGAGCACGGGGCCGGGGCGAGGUCCGCGGCGCGGGAACCCACCACCAGGCUGGGUCCAGGAGUGCCACAGGAUGGAUCAGAUGAUGAGGAGUGGCCCACCCUGGAGAAGGCUGCCGCAAUGACAGUGACGGACCACCAUGCAGAGGUGGUGGUGGACCCGGAGGAUGAGCGUGCCAUUGAAUUGUUCAUGAACAAGAACCCUCCUGCCAUGCUAUCUAAGUACCGAAGUGGUAAGCUGCCCAAGGCGUUUAAGAUCAUUCCUGCACUCUCUAACUGGGAGCAAAUCCUCUAUAUCACUGAGCCUGAGACCUGGACUGCAGCUGCCAUGUACCAAGCCACAAGGAUAUUCGCCUCUAAUCUGAAGAAGCGCAUGGCCCAGCGCUUCUACAACCUUGUCCUACUCCCCCGAGUACGAGAUGACAUUGCUGAAUACAAACGGCUCAAUUUCCACCUCUACAUGGCACUCAAGAAGGCCCUGUUCAAACCCGGAGCUUGGUUCAAAGGGAUCCUGAUUCCACUGUGCGAGUCAGGCACCUGUACCCUCCGGGAAGCCAUCAUCGUGGGUAGCAUCAUCACCAAAUGCUCCAUCCCUGUGCUGCACUCUAGUGCGGCCAUGCUGAAAAUUGCUGAGAUGGAGUACAGUGGUGCCAACAGCAUCUUCCUGCGCCUGCUGCUGGAUAAAAAGUACGCUCUGCCCUACCGAGUGCUGGAUGCCUUGGUUUUCCACUUCCUAGGGUUCCCGACAGAGAAGCGGGAACUGCCUGUGCUCUGGCACCAGUGCCUCCUGACUUUGGUUCAGAGCUACAAGGCAGACCUGGCCACAGAACAGAAAGAGGCCCUCUUAGAGCUGCUCCGCCUGCAGCCCCAUCCACAGCUCUCUACUGAGAUCAGGCGUGAGCUUCAGAACGCAGUUCCCCGAGAUGUGGAAGAUGUUCCUGUCACCAUGGAGUGAGCAGCCAGCCACUCAUCCAGGUCCAAAGAGCAUGGGGGAAACUGGGACCCCUGUUCAUGAUUAAAGAUGAGACUGAGACUUAAUAGCUGAAGACUCAAGAGCAGCAAGACCAUGGGCAUGGUGUGACUUCUGGGUAGUUGACAAGGGAGGACUUGGGGGUGUGGCGGCUCCCUUUUCCAUUGUAGGCCUUCAUCCUUGCCUGAUUCUGGCACCUGAUUUGAGAUCCUAUUCCCACCCCCCCACCCCCCAGCUAGGGUUUGGAGUAAGUUAUUUUCUCACAGGAAUAUGGAUAAAAUCAAAGAUGGGUAUAUGUAAAAAAAAAAAAAAAAAACAUGAAGAAGAGAGGGGCUCGGAGGUGGCACACCUGGUUGAGCACAUACAUAACAAUGAGCAAGGACCUAGGUUUAAGCCCCCUGUCCCCACCUGCAAGAGGCAAGCUUCACGAGUAAUGAAACAGUGUUACAAGUCUUUCUAUCUAUCUAUCCCUAUC